AUGACAAACGAAGAAGGAGAAGAAGACGAAGACUUGCGAGAAGAAGGCAUUCGAGUUGAAAGCUCCGAUGGAGACUUUUUUGAGGUAGAGAAAGCUGUGGCCAUUCAGUUUCAGACAAUCAAAGGAAAGAUUGAAGAUGAUUGUGGCAACAAUGAAAUCGCUCUUGAUAAUGUCACCAGCAACAUCCUCUCUAAGGUCAUCAUGUAUUGCAAGAAGCACAGUGAAUUUACAUUAAAGGAUACCAUCGAGAAUGAGGCUAUGACGAAGGAUCUUAAGUCAUGGGAUGAAAAUUUUAUCAAGGUCGAUCGGAUGACUCUCUUCGAUCUUUUUCAAGCAGCAAGUUAUCUAAACAUAAAUGGCCUUAUCGAUUUGUGCUGCCAAGCUGUGGCAGAUCUGAUCAAAGGUAAAAGUCCAGACGAAAUGCAUAUGAUCCUAAAUAUUAAAAACGAUUACACACCAGAAGAAGAAGAAGAGGUUCGCAGUGAGAAUAGUUGGGCCUUUAAGUAA